AUGUCAUCGUUUGUUAGAGUUGCCUCUAGAGCAAACUCUAUGAGUAAGAGUUGUUCAUCGUUCAAACUCAAUACAUCUAGCGUCAACACCAGCAGUUUUAGCAAUAACAUUUCAACCAUUUUAAAGAAUAAUAAUAGUAAAAUUUCAUCUUUUGUAUCAACAUCUACAGCUUCCCCAUCAUCAUCUUUUUCAACUUCUUUACCAUCUACCAGCUGCUCGUCAUCUGCACCAUCAACACAAUCGAAAUUCUCUUCAAAUAUACCAAAUGGUUUAAAACAAACAGUUUCAUUAGCCAAGUUUAAAUUAAGCACUUUCUUAUAUAUUUCUGACGGUAAUUAUAAUGAAUAUUAUCAUAGAAAUUCAUCACAAUCAUCAAAGAAACAAACUUCAAAUAAUUUAGAAUCUGCAAAAUAUAAUCCAGUUUCAAUUCCAACAACAACAAUUACAAAUGCA